CAGCCUGGUCUCCAGGGAAACGGAAAGCGUCAACAGCAACGGUCCAUCUAACUAUACAUGGAACUAGCAAGCUAGGCUACAUAUAAUCGUCAGGCUGACGCUAGUUUUUAUUAAGAGAGUGUUUACCAUUUUGAGUUCAGCUAUUGCGGUUAUAUUAGAGUGUUAACGCCAGUUGUUGUUACUUUUUACGGAGGAAAAAGCGUCAAUUUGUGCUUUUCUACAUGGAGUGUCUUGGAGUUUCAUCUGUCCAGAACCUGCAGGCUCUGUCUGCCUUGUUAUCCACUCAGCAGGAGGAAGAGGAGGAGGAGGAAGACUGUAAAAAUGUGACAGCCUGUGCACGGCUGGGUCCUGGACAGAUUGGCCCCCCACCCAAAAAAGAUAAAGAAGAGCCAGCUGCCUAUGCGAAGAAGAAUAACAAAGACAUCUGGAGCGAAGAGGAGGUGGCUGAGGGCUCCCAGUACGACGAUCUCGCUGACCUGCGGCCACAGCCUGAGUAUGAAAUAAUCCUGAAGCAGAGUGUGGGGACAGAGGAUCUGUUCUUGGGCUUGAGCAGAAAGGAUCCAUCCUCCAUGUGCUGCGAAGCCAUGCUGGUAAAAAUCAAACUACCAGACACUAAAGCAACGGAUGUGGUCCUGGAUGUAAAAGAAAAGUUUCUUGAUCUACGGACGCCGAAAUAUAAACUUGGUCUCCAUCUCCCACAUCCGAUCCACAACCAGGAGGGCAAGGCCCAGUUCUUCAGUGAGAGGGAGGAACUAGAGGUCACUCUACUAAUGAAGCGUCCCAUGGACUUUAUCAACAUGCAGUAAGAAAGAAUGACAGAGACAGAGAGGAUCUGACACCGGUGUACACUGGAGAUUACACACACUGCCUUGUUUAUGGGUUAAAGGAAGAGAAUUAUACCUUGUUACAAAAUGUGUUUGGUUUCUGUAAUACACAUUCAGUAAAUGUUGAGUUCAUGCUGUUAUUACAUGUGUCAUCAUUGAUUCUGUGAGUAUUAAAAUAUGUUUUUCUAAUAAAUAUUUCUUACUAUC